UAUGAUUGUGACAUCAGCUUUCACCCUUUAUGUCUACGAUCGCAUGCUGACCUUUGGGUCGGAGAUCGACUUGAUAUGGCGCCGAAAGAGGACCGGUAUCACAAUACCUGUGCUUUACACAUCAAUGCACAUGCUCAUCUUUGGGAACUUGCUGUUGAAUGUUUGCCCGCCUGCAGCGAUAUCGCUUCAGAGCUUAUGGGCGGUGGUAGUCAUGACGAAUGUUACGGCCUCUCUCCUCUAUCUGAUUUGGGGAUUCAUUACCGCGAUGCGAGUGUAUGCCGUCCAUGGAAGAGGCAGUGAUAUCUAUGCGCCAGCAUUCGUUUUUCUUUGGUGGCUGAUACCUGUGGGCAUCAACAUCGUACGUUCGUUGUUUGUUACGCAAGUGUUAUCUGAUCGUGCCGAUUGAACAUAGUAUAAUGCAACUACCUGGUUCGUCAUCGCCUCACAGCCGGAACAAGGCUAUGAUUUAACCUCGAGGACCCCUGUAGCUGUGCACAAUAUAUGCGAGUCAAAUUUUGUAGUG